AUGGAACUUAAAUCUAAUUUUGGUACUACAAAAGGUUCUUUAGAUUCUGAAAGGUCCAUUAUUGAUAAAAUGUAGACUGAACUAAAAGGAGUGUUCUUCCGUGUAAUCUAGUUAAUGUUAAAAGAUGAAGAUUAAUCAAUUCCUAUUACUUGUAUUGGGAUAUUGUUGUAAUAUAUGCAGAUCACAUAUAUCAUAUUUAAUAGAUAGAUUUGGAAAGUAUGGCAAAAUGAGAUAUUAACUAAACAGCUAAAUAAAAUCUUUGGGUAAUUACUUUUCCUAAAUUAGAUAUGUACUAUUGACACCAUAUUUUGAAACAGUAAGUUUUUCUGGAUUUGCAGCCAUGAUGUAUAUAUGUUUGGGUCUGAUCUUGUUUGCAUUGAUGCUUAUCUUUUUAUUAAGCUAUAGUAUCAAUAAAUCAAAGAGUUCAUUCACUUGGCCAAUUAUACUUCUAAGGUUUUUGAUAAGUAUAUUUUUACAAGCCUUGUACAUGCCUAUCAUUGAUUUGCUUCUAUCUAUGCUAGCAUGCUAGACUAAUCAAAAUGGUGUACUCAAACAUUAGCUUUUUGAAAUAGAAUGUUGGUCUAAUAUUCACAUUGUACAUGCAAUAGUAGCAAUUUUUGGAACAAUACUAUUUUUUGUACUCUGCACAUUAUUUUCUUUAUUAUACUUUGAAUCAAGGUAUUAACCACAUGAUGCUUCAUCUAAAUUCUCAGGAAGAGCAAAUGCUAUAUUUUUGACUUACGAAUUGAUAAUGGUUAUUUGUUACACAUUUAUGAAUGGUAAGAAUUAUGAUUAUUUAAUCAUAUUAAUAAUGAUGGUAGGAAGUUUCACAAUUUUUUGGAAAAUUCAUGUUGAAGCUCCUUUCAAUAAUAUGUAUAUUUAAAAAGCUUGGUCAAUGUUGGUAGCUAUGAAUAUGUGGGGUGCAACUUUAUUGUGUUUUGCUAAAUUCUUAGAAGGAGUCCUAUUUUUUGGUACUGUUUAUGCUUGGUUAGCAGGUUUGCCAUUAAUGCUAAUUGCUAUCAUUAGAAGUGAAAAAUUGCAUUAUGAUUUACUAUUACUGAAUCUUAAUAAAGUCUAAGAUCCAGAUUAAGUACUUAAUUAAACAAAUCAUUUAUUAAAAUUAUUUUAUAAAAGUAAACAAAAUUAAAAUUACUCUUUGUUGUUAGAUGGAUUUUUAGAAAUACACAAAGCUACAUGUACAAGAGAUGAUUGUUAUUUAAAAUAAAAGAAAUUAAUUAAUUAAAGAUAACAAAAACCCCUAUUUAAAGAAGGAUCUAUAACCGAAAGAGAUGUUGAUCUAUUAAUGGUACUGGGAUAGAUCUAUUUUAAUCAAAUCAAGAAAUUUCCAAAUGAAAUCAGUAUCCGUAUAAGAUAUUCAUUUUUCUUACUUGAUUAUUUAAAAUAGAGAUAAUAAGCAUUAAAUGAAUUAAUAUAAUCAGAAACAUUAUGUCCUAGUUUAGAUAAUGAAUUUAUAAUAUUUAGAUAUAAAAAAAUAAUUGAAGAUGAAAUGAAUUAAGUAUAAAAUGAAAAUUUAGGUAAUUUAGAUGUUGCAACAGAAUUAGCAUUUUAAAAUCAUAUGAGAUCAUUUUAAAAUAAAAUUGAAAGAGCUACUCUUAUGCAUAUGGAUUUUUGGUCAUAAUUAUAAGAAGAUUCACCUGAUUUAGGUAAAAUGAAUAAUAUUGGUGCUAAAAUUAAUUUAGCAAUUAUUUAAGUUGAAGAAUUAUGGAAUAAAAUGUAAAAAAUGACUUAAAAUCUACCUAAAGCUAUGAGAUUAUAUGCUAAAUUUAUUUAAGAAGUAUUAUAAGAUAAAGAUUAUGGAGAAGAAUUAUUAGAAAGAUCUAAAAAUUUAUAGACAUAGAAUAACAAAAUGAAAAAUAAAUAAACAAUAUCUUUAAUUAGCAGUGAGGAUAUUGGAUAUGAGUCAUAACCUACUCUAAUGGUAUCUACAGCAUAAGAAAAGUUUGCUUAGAUUACAAAUUUGAAUUUGGCAUGCUGCAAUUUAUUUGGUUAUAAUAAAUCAGAGAUGAUUAAUCGUAAGAUUAAUAUAUUUAUGCCAAACUUGUAUUCAAAAUUUCAUGAUGCUCAUAUUGAAAAUUUCUUAUCAUCAAAUGAUAAUAGAAAUAUUAAUAGGGAGAGAUUAGUAUAUAUAAAGAUGAAAUCUAAUUAUAUCUUACCCUGUUACAUUUACUUGAAAGUUCUUUAGUCAAUAGAUGAUAAUGUGUAAUUAGCAGCUUAAUUUCGAAUACCAAAAUCUUUUAAACCUUCAUGCUAUCUGAUAUUAGAUAGUGAAGAAAUUAUAGAUUCAAUUUCAUCCUCUUGUAUUCCUUUACUGAACAUUGAUUCAAAAUAGAUUUCACAUAAAAAAACACCAAUCACAGAUAUAUUACCAAAUUAUAUGCGAUUAAAGUAAUUAUUUUUAUCAAAGGUUGGAGGUCCAAUCGUUUUUAAUCCUGCUACAUAAUCAGGGGUUAGCUAUAGUUAAUAGGCCUCUUAAGAAUUAGAAGAUUAAGAUAAGAAAGAUGAUAAUAUGUAGUUUUAAUGUUUUACUUAUGAAGUAAUGAAUGAAAACUAAGAUUAAGUUGUUGGAUAUAUUGUUAAAUUAGAGUAAUAAGGGACAGAUAAUAGUAUGAAUUUAGAAGUCAAUAAUUUAUAAUAGAAAGUACUUGGUAAUAGCAUGUAAUUUAAAUAUAAUCCUUCAAAAGCUUAAUAUUUAGGUGAGUUUGUUGCUGAUACAAAUUCAUAAAGAGUAGAUUAGACUAUUCUUUGGGAUUAAAAUGAUCAAUCAUCAAUGAUUUCUUCAGUAUAAGGGGGUGUUGAAAUUCUUAAAUCUUAAGUGAAAACAGAAAAAUCAGAUGAAUAAAAUAUAUUAUAGCAAAUUAAAAUUAAUUAUGCAGAUGGAAUCAAGACUUUAAGAUUAUUUGAGAAUCGUAUCCAAGACAUAGAUGAUCGAGAAGAAAUGAUAUCAGAGGAAGAUGAUUAAUAAGGGAAGAGUGUCUUUUAAAGAUAGUAAGAUUUAGAUAAUGAUUAAGAAGGAUAAUAACAAGAUUUUAAUAAUGUUUUUAGAUCUAGAAAAAAUUUAUCACUUGUAGUAAAUAGUCAAGUUACACCUCCUGUUAUUAUAAAAUUAAGUUGGACUGCAAAUAUUUUAAUACUUUUAUUAGUAGCAUUGAGUUUUGGAGAUUUCUUUGUUUGUUAAGCAUAAUAUGAUGAAAUAUUUAAUACAAUUUUAUUAGUAGAAGAUACUAAUUUAAGAAAUGCUGAGUUGCUUACAAUAUUAUCUUCAGUUCAAAAUUUAUAGAUGUUGAAUUUAAAUAUUUGGUAGUUAAAUAGCAGUGCUGAUAUUAAUGAAUAUGAAUAAAUAGAAAAAUAAAAAUUAAAUAAAUCUAUAUAGUAGGUUUCAUUAUUAAAUAAAAAUUUAAUGUUGUCUGAUAUCUUUAUAAGUAAUGAAUUAAAUGAAUUACAGAGUGAAAAUGUUAUAAAAAUGAAAUUUGGGAAUGAAUACUAAAAUUAUGAUAUAAUGGAAGCUACUUAAUAAAUAGUAAGUAAAGCAUUAAAUGUAAGGGAUAAAGAUUUAAAUCAAAUUAUUUAUGAAGAUAAUGAUGUUCAAUUUAUUAUAUUUAAUCUCCUGAAUGACCUAGUAUUUUAAUUAAGAAAUUCUAGUGAUUUAUAUGCUAUAGGUUUAACUAACAAAACAACAGAAAAGAAAGAGACAUUGUUAAUAAUCUUAGGUAUAUCAGCUGGAGCUUUGGGUUUGGGUUUGAUGUUAUUGACAAUCAUAACAUUAUCUGUCAAUAAAACAUAAGAAGAAAUAUUAUCAAUGUUCUUAGAUAUACCAGAUAAGACAGUUAAGUAUUUAUAUAACAAGAGCGAGAAUUUCAUAUCAAAUUUAUAAAUUGGAGAAGAAGAUGAAGUAUUAUCAGAAUUAGAAGAACUUGAAAAAGAGGAAUAAGAAGAACUUAAUAGAACAUUAAAAAGUAAAAAGAAAAAGAAAAAGUUUAAAAAUACUAAUAAAGAUUAACGCAACUAUAUUUUUGCAUUCUUUUUAAUUAUCUUAAUUUUACAAACUUAUUUCAUUUUUAACUAUUUUAUAUCAGAUAUUCUUUUAAGUAAUUUAGCUUAACUUGUACCAGAAAUAAAUGCAACUUGUAGAGCAGAAAGUUUUUAUAGAUUUGUUGAUAAUGCAGAAAGAUCACUUUAUCUUAAUAGAAAUAUGACACUUUUAAAUGAAGACUCCUACACAAUUGUCAAAUAAAACAUUGAUAAAUUAUAUGCCUUAGAUUCUUCUCUUCAUUAAGAACACUCACUCAAUGUAGAUAUUACUAAUUCUAUAUAUUCAGAUGCUUUUAAGCAAAUUUUUAUGAUUUAACCAUCUACAAUCUUAUCUUAAGAAAUGAAUGAAAUGACAGAGACUGAAUGUUAAACUUUUGCUGAUGGUGCUAUGUAUUAAGGAAUGGCAGUUGGAGUAGCACGUUAUUUCGAGAAUAUUCGAUAUAUCAUGACAAUCUAUGAUUAAUUUUGGGAUAAUCCAAAAGCCAAUUUUACAGCUAUUGCAAGAGGUUUCACAAAAUUUAAAAAUAUUACUAUGGAUUCAGAUAAUGUUAGGAAUAACAUACUUAAUCUAAAUAACUUCAAUUAAUCUUUAGAAACAAGAGUUAUUUAAGAAACUUACAAUAGAGGUAUUUUUAUAUAUUUACUAAAUUUAGGUACAUUUAGGUAUUUAUUGUAGUAAAUGCAAUUAGCAAUUGAAAAUGACAUUAAUAGUGCAAAAGCUCAAAGAUUGGCAUUAUUCAUUGUAUUAGAAGUCUUGCUUUUUAUUAUUUACUUCAUUUUAUGGUUACCAUUAGUAUUAAAGAUGACAAGAGAUAUCUGGAGAACAAGGACAAUGAUAAUGAUGAUUCCUUUGAGAGUAAUACAACGUAUUAGAUCAAUUAAGUAAUUUAUAAAAGAAUUUUUACAUGCUAAGGAUCUUGAUUCUUGA